AUGCCUUUCAAGUCCACGUCAGAACCAUAUACAGGCUUCGGCAACGGUACCAGGCCACCGACUCUGCAGAUGACCGACCACGUAGUGGAAGACCGAGGGUCACCAGCCGACGUCAAGAUCGUCACAUUGUGCGACAUCUUCAAGGUCGCUUUGUUACUGUUGCGGAAACAGCUCGACAGACCACGGGAACAACCCAACCUCAACGUCGACCCCAGGAUACAAAUAUCCGCCAAAGGAACACUUUACUUCUUAUAUGUUAACAUCAUGGACACUGCGGUAUACCAGUGCGGCGUCACCACCUCGUCUACCAUACAACUCGGUAGUCCGGUCCAACUGAACGUCACGAAAGGUAACGUCGCAGACACGAGCCCAGUACUCAUGUAUUCGAGCGAGACAACGGACGCUACACAAGGACAGGCUGUAACACAACAGUGUAUCUUCAGCGGCAGACCCGUUCCAGUAGUUACCUGGUACCGUGACGACAAGCAAGUGACUAACACUACACGUGCGGAACUAUCUUAUACCACCGUUACUAUCAAGAACGUGUCUGAUGGGGACGCAGGAAUAUAUCGAUGUACUGGAAAGAACGGCGUCUCGUCUGACUCCCAUGACGUCACUUUGAUUGUGACGGUCCCACGAAAUGAUAAGCAGUCCACUACACCAGUCCAGCAGGAUGUUGACACGACAGCAGCGUCUUUUGACAGGACACCUUCUGUUCUGGUCAUUGUGUUGACGGUUGUGUUCAUCGUACUUGUCCUAAUUGGAGCGGUUGUGUGUACCAUGAUAUGGUGA